CUGAAGUUCUUUCUCUGAUCAUUAACACUCAACAAGAGCUAACCUACAAAGAUUCUUUCCUUCCAGAAUUAGGGUUCCCUAUUGGAUCGAAUCGAACUUACAGCAAUUCUUGGUACAAUAAUGGAGGUCAUCAGAAGGGCAUCUCAUGCUGGCUCAUGGUACACCGAUAAUCCUAGAAAGCUCGAAGAAGAACUCGAUGGGUGGCUGAGUGCUGCUGGAUUGCCAAAGUCAUCUGAUGUUCGUGGAGUCAUUGCUCCGCACGCAGGUUACUCGUAUUCUGGCCGCGCAGCAGCUUAUGCAUUUGGAAAUAUCGACCCUACUAACAUUUCUCGGGUAUUCCUUCUUGGUCCAUCUCAUCACUAUUAUACUCCCAAAUGUGCUUUGUCAACUGCGACGGUUUACAAAACUCCAAUUGGGGACUUACCUAUUGAUCAGGAAGGUAAUUCAGAUAUGUGUUGGAUCACACAUUCAGUAGUGCCAUGUUUGAUGUGCAUAGGGGUUACUGCAGAAUUGUUAGUGAUUGAGGAGCUUAAAGCUACAGGAAAAUUCGAGUUGAUGGAUCUUCGUGUCGACGAGGCAGAACAUAGCAUGGAGAUGCACUUACCUUAUUUGGCCAAAGUAUUCAAAGGGCACCAAGUGAAGGUUGUACCGAUUCUGGUUGGUGCUUUAAAUGCCGAGAGUGAAGCCAAGUACGGGAAGUUGCUGGAAAAAUACAUCGAUGAUCCCAAAAACUUCUUUUCUGUGUCCUCAGAUUUCUGCCACUGGGGCACACGGUUCAAUUACACACACUAUGACAACAAACAUGGUGCGAUAUACAAGUCCAUUGAGGCCCUGGAUAAGAUGGGCAUGGACAUUAUCGAGACAGGAGACCCAGAUUCAUUCAAAAAGUAUUUGCUGGAGUUUGAGAAUACCAUCUGUGGACGCCAUCCCAUCGGUGUUUUCCUCCAUAUGACAAAGAACUGCUCAACUAAGAUAAAGAUACAGUUCCUUCGAUACGAGCAAUCGAGUCAGUGCAAAACCAUGAGAGAGAGCAGCGUCAGCUACGCAUCUGCAGCAGCAAAGGUGGAUGGCGAGUGAAAGAUGGUGUAGAAGUGUGGUCUGUAAUUUGUGUGGAAAUAUGUUCCUGCGAAUUUGGAAAGACAAAAGACGAGCAUUAAUUGCAUAUUAAUAGUGGGCCGGCAAGAACGAAGUUGUGACUUUUGUCCAUUACAUACAUGCCACUAUUCCAGUGUCAAUUAUGCAAAUGAUCACUAACCCUUAACUUUUAACAGAAUGAUCACUCAACUUUACACCUUGAAUCACAUUGGUUACUCAAUUUCGACGGGAUGGCAACGAGGCUUGAUAUACUAUUGCUUUUCAAAAGUUUGAAUCCCUCGACGACACUGUCAGCGAUAACAUUGUUUGCGCGUGCUUAUUUUAGCUACAA